AAAUCGCCAUCUCACCCGCCAAAAAUGCCCUCAAAACCCGCUGUCGUAUCAGUCAUUGGCUCCCUCAAUGUCGACCUCGUCACCCGCACGCCCCGCGUCCCCGUAGGCGGCGAAACACUCACCUCCGAAUCCUUCGACAUCGGGUUCGGAGGCAAGGGAGCCAAUCAAGCCGUAGCCUGUGCGCGUCUAUCUAGAACGCAGAAGCAGGCCUCAGAUGGCGAAGCGUCUAAUGUGGAAGUCCGCAUGGUAGGCGCUGUUGGCGAUGACGAGUUCGCGGGUGGUUUCCUGAAGAGCUUGCAGAAAGAUGGGCUGAAGACGGAUGGAGUGAAGGUGCUGAAGGGCAAGAAGACGGGCGUUGCGGUGAUUAUCGUCGAGACUGGAAGCGGGGAGAAUAGGAUUAUGUUUUGUCCGGGGGCGAAUUAUGACGUUGAGGUUACGGAUUUGGUGGAUGAUGAUGCUUCGGUUGUGCUGUUCCAGCUGGAGUUGCCAUUGGGUGUGGUCCUGCACAAUAUGAAGGUAGCUCGUAGCAAAGGCGUUGAAACCAUCAUCAACCCAGCACCAGCAACGCCGCUUCCCGAAGACGCGUACCAAGGACUCGGGCACCUCAUCGUUAACGAAACAGAAGCCGCUAUUCUCUCUGGCAUUGAGAACCCCACGAACUGGGAUGAAGUGGCUGCCGUCUUCGUUGCGCGAGGCGUCAAGAACAUCAUCAUCACUCUCGGUGGAGAGGGAGUAUACUACCAGACGGACAAACAGCAGGCGCAAUCCCAGCCUGGCCGUCUCGUGCCAGCAAGAAAGGUCAAAGUCGUCGACACAACAGCCGCGGGCGACACUUUCGUCGGCGCAUACACGGUGGCUGUUGCUCGUUGGGAAAUCAUGUCGCAGGGUGCGGAUUUCGACCUCGAUGCAGCGAUUAGUUAUGCGAAUCGAGCCGCAUCCAUGACGGUACAGAAGGCUGGGGCUCAGUCGUCAAUUCCAUGGAUCGAUGAGGUUCCGUCUUCGUAAGGGAGAGUAGGGGAAUGGCAAUGGGUGGAUUAAGAUCUAACUGCGGUCAUAUGUCUAAGAUGUUGCAAAACACAAAACAAAAAAAACCCUUUUCCCCUUGUGAGCCCCUCGGUCGCGCCAAAUAAGUAUGAAAUAGUGUUGUAUGCGCCAGCCGCGAG